GCAGAGCAGCUCUGCAGUUCCUCUUUUUGUGCCUGAGCCCUGUUCAAGCCCCCACGGCAGACGGGGUGGGGGUGUUGGCGGUGUGGGACCGCUGGCGCUACCUCGGAGCGAUGAGCGUCCAGCUGCUGCUGCUGCUCUGUGCCGUGCUGGGCACCCAGACUGCUCGUGGCUUUGGUGGCCAGGAGUCCCCGAGCCCCAGUGGCAGCGUGGCCGGGGGCAGGCACGCCCGCUCCGUGAGUGUCCCACCACAGCCCCGUGACUGCAUCCUCUCCUCCUGGUCCUCCUGGAGCAAGUGUGACCCCUGCCAGAAGAAAAGGUACAGAUUUGCCCGCCUGGAACAGCCCUCUCAGUUCAGCGGAGAUCCCUGUGAUGCCUCUGACAGAGAGGCUGAGCAGUGUGUCACAAACAGUCCUUGCAGGAGUAGAGCUCGCUGCGAUGGGUUUGUGUGUGCGGUUACAGGGAGAUGCAUUGCACGGAGGCUGCUCUGCAACGGGGAUGACGACUGUGGGGACCAGUCAGAUGAGAAAAACUGCAAAAAAGUGUUCAGGAAAUGUGACCAGGAGAUGGAAGAGUACUGGGGAAUAGAGAAUCUGGCAAAAGGGUUGAAUAUCUUCACAAACAGCUUGGAGGGGUUGGUCCUUGAUCACAGGUACUACGCUGGGGGAUGUUCUCCCCAUUACAUCACAGACACGAGGUUCAGGAAGCCCUACAACGUGGAAAGCUACACACCAGAGACCAAAGGCAAAUAUGAAUUUACAAUGACUGAAUAUGACUCCUACUCAAAUUAUGAAAGCAGUGUCCUGAAGGCAAAAGCUUCGCAGACAAGCUUCAGCAUCGGUAUAAAAAUACCAAAAGUGUUUGAACUUGGUUACAAUUCAAAUGACAUGAGGUUCAAGAAGUUCAUGCAGAGGAUUAAAAGAUUUUCUUCAAGUUCCAGCAAGUUCAUCCACGCCCGCUCUGAGCUGGCUGUUGGUGUUUACAAGCUGAAGCCCCGGGCCCUGAUGCUGCAUCACGAGUUCCUGCAGCGGCUCCGGCAGCUCCCCACGGAGUACAGCUACGGGGAAUACCGGGAGCUCUUCAGGGAUUUUGGGACACACUUCAUCACGGAGGCCACUGUGGGAGGCACCUAUGAAUACACUUUGGUCAUGAACAGCGACGAGCUCCGCAAGGCGGGUUAUUCUCUGAGCGAUGUCCAGAAAUGUGCACAGAAGGGCUUUAACAUUGCUGUGGAUUUUGGUAAAUUCUCGGUGGGGCUUGGAGUAGAUUUAGCUGGCUGUAAAGCCCUUUUGAAAGAGAUUGGAGACAGCACUACCAGGAAGCAGUUUGUGGAGGAUUUCCUGGCGCUGGUCCGUGGAGGGGCGAGUGAAGACAUCACCACGCUGGCCCACAAGGACCUGCCCACGGCCCAGCUCAUGCAGCACUGGGGAGAUGCUGUGCAGUACAACCCUGAGAUCAUAAAGCUGAAGGCAGAGCCGCUGUAUGAGCUGGUGACUCCCUCUGACUUGUCCAUGAAAAUAAAGGAGAAUCUGCGCCGGGCUCUGGAUGAGUUCCAGCUGGAGAGCAGCUCCUGUCGCUGUGCUCCGUGCCACGGGAAUGGCAUCCCCUUCCUGAGAGGAACAGAGUGUGAGUGCCUGUGUCCCCUCGGCUACAGCGGCACUGCCUGUGAGAUCAGCAGGAGGAAAGAUGCUGCUGUUAAUGGAAACUGGGGGUGCUGGGCCAGCUGGUCCCCUUGUUCAGGAGGUCAGAGGACAAGAAGGCGAGAGUGCAACAACCCUGCCCCACAGAAUGGUGGCUCCCCGUGCUCAGGGCCAGCCUCUGAGGCAGUUCCUUGCUAGAAGGAAUCAGUAGGGACUCACACAAAACUGAUUUAGUUUGGCAGACUGCUUGGGAAGACAUCACCUCACUGGCUGAGUUGGCCUCGCUCUGCCCAUGGGUCUCAUCCAAAUCAGAAACAUUUCAAGAGACACUGGGAGCUGGGAGGGUGUUGGGAGCCACACCUUUGGAUGUGCAGUUGUCCCGUGGGAUUGAAUGUGCUUACGGACCUCAAUAUUUGCCUUUUCCCUGUGUUUAUUGCAAUGGGCUAAAUGAGACAAGCUUUAUCUCUGCCUGUUUUUGGUAGCUGCAUGAUUUCAAAUUGUACUGUCUUGUUGCUGAAGGUUCCUUUGAGAUAAGAAGAGACACUUUGAUCUUACGUGCAGCAGGAUGUGCACUGAUGCACAGCUUCUGUGAAGGCAGCUGUGUCAUGUGGAGCAAAAUCCAGCACAUUAAAGCCUAAAUCCCAAUGAGCACAACAGUAUCCAACGUGACAUUCAGAGCCACUGUGCCUCACUACCCUGCUUUCCCAAUUUAUUGUACUGUUCCCACCCCUGCCAUGGGCAGGGGCACCUUCCACUGUCCCAGGUUGCUCCAAGCUCUGUCCAACCUGGCCCUGGACACUUCCAGGGAUCCAGGGGCAGCCACAGCUUCUCUGGGACAAAUGGAACAUUUUGAAAAAGCUGUCUGCACAUCCCCAAGGUCUUCUGCCCUUAGUAGCUGUGUUUGCCCCAGACAAGCUGUGGUUCAUAAGUCUGAUCCCAUGAAAUCCAGUAUUCCAGCUGCUGCUGGGUCCACCCAGGGACAUCUGGGACAUCUGACUUGGAGAGACUUCACUGUGAAAAGAGACAAAUUGGUUUGCCUUUUGUUGCCAUACUGGGGCUGUGCAUCACAGUCCAGGUCUAACAACAGAGGGACUUUAGAACCCUGUGCACCAUUUCAUGAGCCUGGAUCCUUCCAGGGAUUUGCCUCCUGCAGCUUCGGUGGUGGUACAUGAUUUUUGCAAAGACAUUUGGUUGGGCCUGCUGUGAAAUAACCAGCUUUGCUCCAAAAGGCAAUUCCACCAGUGCAAAGUUGUUCAUGAGUGCUGUGAGUCUUCUAACAUCUGCAAGGUCAAACUCUUCUUCUGAGGGUUUUUUAGCAGAGCUGGUGAUGGUGGGCUGGUAUCGCCCGUUCCUUUCCUUUCAGACUGACGCUGUCUGAAUGUAAUUCCUGUGAGAGCAGCUCAGGCUCCCUGACAUCUGAACAAUGGAACAUGCAUUUAGUUGUAGCCCUCAUGCCGCCUCCACACUUAUCCACAGGGCUCCUGUGACAGCUUGAAGAAAGGCAGAGCACAUUGCAUAUGUAAAACAAGAGGGCUCUGUGCUCAUUAUGGCCUUCAUCAUUUAGCUGCCAACCCAAAACAUUUCCCUUUUCCACUGUGUAGCUGCAAUAUCUUUUGUGUGGUGGAAAUUUGCCAAGAGAUUCUUUUUUUGGGUCAUGGUCAAAGAGGUCAGUGCUUGUGUGAAGCAGGAUGUGCCUCCAGGUUUUUUGCAGGGGCUCUGUAGAUGCUCUGGAGGUGAGGACCCUGAGCAUGGUUCACCUCUGAGGACACAAACUGCAGUGCCAUUGCCUGCCCUUCUUGAGAAUCUCCAGUGUAAUCUGAUUAAGGGCAUUUCUCAGAUGAGUCAAGUGGCUUUUGUAACUUUAACCACCUCUCCUGAUCAUCAAGCUGGUCAGACACACAGCAGUGGUGCCUCUCUCCACUGCUGUGGCAAGGACAGCCAAAUGUAGUGACCUGACUUGGGACUGUUGCUCCCAAACCAGAAAAACACAGAUUUUUGGAAGUGGUAACAGUACCUGAGUUUGUUGUGGUUUUGGUUUGGGUUGUGGUUUUUUUUUUUGGAGGAAGAGAGGAGAGGUUUGACAGUCAUCAGGAUCAUCAGGAUAGUCUGACUGAAGUAUGAUUUCAGCAGUGGCUGAAUAUUCAGCCUGUAGGCUUAGAAACCUCUCAUAAAGGACAUAACUUUAUCUUGUCCUUGUGAUUUCGUGCUUUGAUUCACCUAACUAAUGAUUUAUUAUAACCUGGAGGGUAAUAAAAAAUACUAUGCUGAA